ACCACAGAGACAGAAGCAGCUGCAUCUUCCUCAUUCAUAAAAUGUCGCGGCUCUCUUUUCUGUUCCUGAUUCUUCUGGUGGCAAGAAAUGGACAGUGCCAGCCAGAGCGGACCUGCAUCAAGUCCAUGGUCAACUCCUGCGAUGACUGCAUCCGAUCUGGGCCCUACUGCGAGUGGUGCCAGAAGCUGAAUUUCACCAAGGCCGGGGAGCAGGAAGCUGUGCGCUGUGACACACGCAGCCAACUGCUGGAGAGAGGCUGCACGGAAGACCAGAUCAUCUCUCCAAAAAACAACCUGAACAUCCAAAAGGAUGUCGGCCUGUCGACGUCAUUCACCAAUCAAGAGCCAGUCCAGCUGCGUCCACAGAGGAUUCAUCUCAAGCUGCGACCUGGGCUUCCUGCCACCUUCUCCGUCUCCUUCAGGAGGGUGCAGGGUUAUCCAGUGGACCUGUAUUACCUCAUGGAUCUGUCCUACUCAAUGAAGGAUGACCUGGAAAAUGUUAAAAAACUAGGAAAAGACCUGUUUGCAGCUUUGAAGAGAAUCACCGAGCACGGACAGAUUGGGUUUGGUGCGUUUGUGGAUAAGACAGUCCUUCCUUACACAAACACCAAUGCGAAGAAGCUGCUGAAACCCUGCGAUGAGAACGAUCAACAGUGCCAGCCAGCAUUCGGCUACAGACACGUCCUCAGCAUGACAGCACAGGAGAACGAGUUCAGCAGAAAGGUGACAGAGCAGUUCAUAUCUGGAAACCUGGACCCUCCUGAGGGGAGUCUGGAUGCCAUGAUGCAGGCCUCCGUGUGCUGGGAUAAAAUCGGCUGGAGGAACAGCAGCACCCGACUGAUCGUCCUGACCACUGAUGCUGGAUUCCACAUGGCAGGAGACGGAAAACUGGCAGGCAUACUGGAGCCCAACGACGAUCAAUGCCACAUGGAAAACAACCUUUAUACCAAGAGCAGUCAGCUUGACUACCCAUCAGUCGGACAGUUGGCUAUGCGGUUGGAGAAGAGCAACAUUCAGCCCAUAUUUGCUGUGACUAAGGAUGUGGAAUCUGUGUACAAGGAACUUUCCAAAAUGAUUCCCAAAUCUGAGGUGGGGGUACUGAACUCAGACUCCAACAAUGUUGUCCAGCUGAUCACAAAUGCAUACAAUCGAUUGUCCUCCAAAGUCACUCUGACCCAUGAGAACCUUCCUGACAAUGUUAGAGUCUCGUACACCCCAAAAUGCCCAGGUGCAGGCCCCGCAGGAGACGUGAGCGGGGUUUGCAGCGAUGUUCGCGUCGGAGAUGAGAUCUCCUUUGAUGUCACAGUGACAGCUGAUAAGUGCAUGGAGGAAACCUCUUUCACUAUCAGCCCUCUUGGUAUCAGAGACACCCUGACGGUGACUCUGUCUACAAACUGUAAGUGCCAGUGUAAUGACCCCAGUGAGAGCAAUCACCCACUUUGCAGCGCCAAGGGACGAGUCAGCUGCGGUGUCUGCAGCUGCAGCGCCGGCUUCAUCGGCCAGUUCUGUGAGUGCUCUGUCGGCAAUAAAGAUGCUACCUCCCUGCGGGCUUCAUGCCGAAGAAACAACGGCACAGAGUGCGAGGGUCGUGGGGACUGUGUGUGCGGAAGAUGCCAGUGCCACACCACCAAAAAUGGAAACAGCUACCAUGGCGAUUUCUGCGAGUGUGACGAUGAAGAGUGUGAGAAGUUCCAGAAUAAACUAUGUGGAGGAAAUGGAAAAUGCAACUGUGGCAAGUGCGAAUGUAAUUCUGGCUACGAGGGCUCAGCCUGCCAGUGUGUUGAGUCAAAGGAAGCCUGUCGGGCGGCUGACGGCUCUGUGUGCAAUGGAAGGGGACAGUGCAAAUGCAACCGCUGUGACUGCAUUAAUGGAUACCAGCGUCCCCGCUGUGAAGAGUGUCCUGGCUGUCCUGACUCCUGCCAGUCCAAGCUGAAUUGUAUCGAAUGCCUGGGCUUCGACUCCGGCCCCUUCCAGAAAAACUGCAGCGAAGCUUGCACAUCCAUCAAAAGAAAACAGAUGGUCAAGACGUUUAGCUUUUCAAGCAAGCUCUGCAACCAGAAGGACUCAGAAUCCUGCUGGGUCAAGUUCAGGCUCAAGCAGCUGGUGGGAGUGGAUAACUACGAGGCUGAAAUCCUGGAUGAGCGAGAGUGUCCGGAACCUCCCAGCGUGGCGGCGAUCAUCGGCGGCUCUGUGGCCGCAGUGGCUCUUAUCGGCAUCCUGCUGCUCCUGCUCAUCAAGUUACUCAUUUACAUGAACGACCUCAAAGAGUUCCGAAAAUUUGAGAAUGAAAAGAAGAAGUCAAAAUGGGCUGAGGCAGAUAACCCACUCUUUCAAAACGCCACCACAACCAUCACCAACCCCACCUUUACUGGAGAGUAAGUGCUUCAGUAGAGCUGCUCUGCUGCUCUCAGAUCUACUCCGCUUGGCUGGUGUGAUUUUAUUUAUCAGAUGGAGGAGCUGCACUUCUGUGAUGAUGAUGGAUUUAGCUUCCGCAUUUAACUUAACCCAGGCAGCAUAUAUUGUUUCUGAGAGGAUCCUGUUAGGAGCAAAUCGGAAACUUUAUUAGUAUUAUCAGCAACAGAGCGAGCUAUUGAUCUGCAGGAUUCAGGACUACAUCGCAUGUCUAUUUUGGCAGGCAGACCACGUGCAACUUUUGUCUCCAUAUUCCUUUCAAUAAACCCCUUAACCUCAUUUCUGUCACAGUUCAUGUUCUC